CUGGGGCGUUCGCUGAAGGCCAAGUUAGGCCAGAAUCUGACUGGGACGUCAGGCCCCAAGUCCCCGGCCCCGCCGCUGCCCGGCCCCCCCAGCUGCCACCUCACAGGACGAUCCAUGUCCCAGGGCUCCCUCCAUCGGCUCUGAAAAGUGAGCCGCCGCCUGCAAUGCCCGCGCCAGCCGCAGCAGAGCCCCAGGCUACACAAGGCGCCCUGCAAACUGGGUUUUGGGGGAACAAACCAACCAGGGGGUCUUCCUCCCGUGGGCUUCAGCCGCCUGCUGAGGUUAACUUUUCCUCCUGGCCUGGCGGAGCCCCUUUGGCUCUGUCCAGAUUCUGUGGGACAUACAGGGUCUGGGCUCCUCUGGAAACCAGGGACCCGAUGCCGGAGGGUAGCUUGGCUCUGGAGCAGCCUGGGACUGUAGGAAGGAGGGCCCUCCUGGACCCGGGAGCGGACCCUGGUGGCGGUGAAGCCCGAUGGCGUGCAACGGCGGCUCGUUGGGGACGUGAUCCAGCGCUUUGAGAGGCGGGGCUUCACACUGGUGGGGAUGAAGAUGCUGCAGGCACCAGAGAGCAUCCUUGCCGAGCACUACCAGGACCUGCGGAGGAAGCCCUUCUACCCUGCCCUCAUCCGCUACAUGAGCUCUGGGCCUGUGGUGGCCAUGGUCUGGGAAGGGUACAAUGUUGUCCGUGCCUCGAGGGCCAUGAUUGGACACACCGACUCGGCUGAGGCUGCCCCAGGAACCAUAAGGGGUGACUUCAGCGUCCACAUCAGCAGGAAUGUCAUCCAUGCCAGCGACUCCGUGGAGGGGGCCCAGCGGGAGAUCCAGCUGUGGUUCCAGAGCAGUGAGCUGGUGAGCUGGGCAGACGGGGGCCAGCACAGCAGCAUCCACCCAGCCUGAGGCUCAAGCUGCCCUUACCACCCCAUCCCCCACGCAGGACCAACUACCUCCGUCAGCAAGAACCCAAGCCCACAUCCAAACCUGCCUGUCCCAAACCACUUACUUCCCUGUUCACCUCUGCCCCACCCCAGCCCAGAGGAGUUUGAACCACCAACUUCAGUGCCUUUCUGUACCCCAAGCCAGCACAAGAUUGGACCAAUCCUUUUUGCACCAAAGUGCGGGACAACCUUUGUGGGGGGGGGGGGGGUCUUCACGUUAUCGUAACCUCUCCUCUAAAGGGGAGGCAUUAAAAUUCACUGUGCCCAGCACGUGGGUGGCACACUAAUUAUGACUUCCGCCAGCUCUGAGGUAGAAAUGACGCUUUUAUGCAAGUUGUAAGGAGUUGAACAGUAAAGAUGAAGUUUUGCACACCUA